UAUGUCUAUACUAUACUAUUGUUGGCCAUCAAUGUUAUCGCUGCCAUUGUUCAGGCAAUGUUUAGCGAGUAUUUUAGUUCUACAUGUUUACGUAUUAAAUCGUGUCUAACAUCAGCCGUCUAUCGCAAGUCACUAGUGCUGAGCAAUAGUGCCAAACGGCGCACACCUACCGGUGAAAUAGUCAACAUUAUGGCCAUUGAUUGCCAACGAAUUAGCGAUGAAGCCGUUAAUGUGAUUACAUUACUAUCCAAUCCUAUUCAACUGGUACUUGCUAUCUAUCUGUUAUACCUACAGUUAGGUGUGGCCACAUUUGCCGGCCUAUCCUAUAUGUUUGUAUCGCUUAUCAUAAAUAUUUUAGUCUCUUUAUAUACUGUACUAUUGACUAAACAAUUGAUGUCAAUCAAAGACAAACGUCAAAACUUGAUGAACGAAAUACUUAACGGAAUUAAAGUUUUAAAAUUGUAUGCCUGGGAGGAGGCGUUUAUGGGUUUAGUUGAAAAAAUUAGGACCAAAGAGUUGGACAAAUUUUUUAGAUUUGGUCAAACGUUUAUAGUUUAUGUUGUUAUAAGUUAUACCAGUCCAGCAAUUGUCCAAUUGAUUACCUAUUGUACGUAUGUGGCCAUCAAUCAGGGUGACCAACUGCACCAAAUAAAUGCAUCAAAAAUAUUUGUAUCGCUGGCACUAUUUAAUUUGGUCAGGCAGAUAAUGUUUACAUUGCCACAAUCGCUUAAUGCAAUUACCUUGAUUUACGUAUCAUUCAAACGUAUUGAAAGGUUUCUCAAUAGUUAUGAACACUUGGAUUAUAUUGAAAACAAUAUAUCAAACAAUAAUUGUUUGAUUAAUGUUGAAAAUGCAUCGUUUAAUUGGGAAUCAAAUACUAAUAGUAGUAACAGUAGUAGUAGUAGUAGUAGUAGUAGUAGUAGUGUUGAUACAAAUAAAAGUCAACCGAUUUUACAUAAUAUUAAUCUCAAGAUAAUUGACGGCCAGUUUGUGGCAAUAGUAGGCAGUGUCGGGUCCGGUAAAAGUUCACUGAUGUCGGCCCUGUUUGGCGAUAUGGAUCUGAUUGGCAGUAAUGGUAGAGUCAAUGUUAGACCAGAUAUUAGUGUAGCCUAUGUUCCACAACAGGCCUGGAUAUUGAACAAUACAGUCAAAGAAAAUAUAGUGUUUGGUAAAACCAUGGAUAGGGAACUGUAUGACCGGGUGCUCGACACAUGUGCACUCAGGCAUGACCUACAACAACUAGCCGACGGCGAUCAGACAGUGAUCGGCGAAAAGGGUGUUAAUCUGAGUGGCGGUCAAAAACAAAGAAUAAGUUUAGCCCGAGCUGUCUAUUCCGGUGCCGAUCUAUACCUACUCGACGAUCCACUGUCUGCCGUGGACAGUCAUGUGGGCAAACAUAUUGCCAGUAAAGUACUUGACUCGAGAACCGGUAUUCUCAACAAUAAAACCCGUUUAUUAGUAACAAAUCAAUUGUUUGUAUUACCCGAUGUCGACCUAAUUGUUGUCAUAAAAGACGGCAUAAUUACAAGUGUCGGUACUUAUGAUAAUCUAUUGGAAAAUGAUUGUUAUUUUUCCGAUUUGAUUCAACAAUAUUUAGCUGAAAGACCGUACUGUUCACUGGGUUUCCUAUUGUCAAUAAUUGGAUUCAAUGGCCUACAGUUUGGUUCAUCGUUUUGGUUAUCAAUAUUUUGCAACAAUAUUGACAUCAAUACCAGUCAUACACCAUCGCCAUCAUCAUCAUCAUCGGUUGGCACCGGCAGUAUAACUACCGACAGCUACUAUUAUUUAGGCAUUUUUAGUGCCUUUAUUGUCGGCAAUAUUAUUACAGUACUGGCCAGCCGUUUGUUUAUGAUCAACGGUAUACGUCGGGCCUCCAAACGUCUAUUCAGUCGACUGUUGUCGAGUGUAAUGCAUUCACCGAUGAAUUACUUCGAUAGUCAGCCAAUCGGCCGACUGAUGAACCGAUUUGGUAACGACACCGAUGUAUUGGAUCGAUCGCUAAUGUUUUCUAUCAUUCUAACAACAGAUGUCUUAUUACAAUUGAUUGGUACAAUAGUAACGAUAUCUAUAAAGACACCAUUGUUUUUGGCACCACUGGCACUGGUAGCUGUUAUUUACUAUAUAGUUCAGUUUAUUUACAUUAAAACUUCACGACAACUAAAGCGUUUAGAAUCGACUACACGAUCGCCAAUAUAUUCACAUUUCGGUCAAACACUGGCCGGUUUGUCCAGCAUUAGGGCCUACAAGUGUAUCGAUCGGUUUGUACGGGAAUCCGAUAGACGAGUAGACAUCAAUCAGAUGUGUCUCUAUCCUAAUGUUGUAGCAAACAGUUGGCUACAGAUUUGGUUGACAUCACUCAGCAAUUGUUUGCUAUUUUUUGCCGCACUGUUUGCCGUUUUGGGUAAAGGCCGGUUGACUGGCAGCGAUAUAGGACUAUCCCUAUCCUAUGCAAUGUCGUUGACACUAAUGUUAGACUUGUUUAUCAAAUCGUUUGCACAGUUGGAAAACAAUAUGGUUUCAGUCGAACGUAUUGACGAAUACUGUCGAUUGGAAAGUGAAUCCGAUUGGCAUCGAUGUGAUGAUGACUACCCGUUAGCCGAUAACUGGCCCGAUAGGGGAUCAGUUAGGUUUGAGAGUUAUGAUACUAGAUAUGCGGUUGGAUUGGAUUUGGUACUCAAGGAGAUUGAUGUGGAUAUUAAACCGGGCGAAAAGAUUGGUAUUGUUGGCCGAACCGGUGCUGGAAAGUCAUCGCUAACUUUAGCCCUGUUUAGGCUUAUUGAGCCAGCAAUGGGUCGGAUAGUUAUUGACGGUAUAGAUAUAGGACGGUUAGGUCUACACGAGUUGCGCUCUCGGCUAACAAUUAUACCUCAAGAACCGAUACUAUUUUCGGCUACAAUUCGCUUUAAUUUGGAUCCGUUUGGCCAGUUUUCCGACGAUCACUUGUGGACAGUGUUAGAUAAAUCACAUCUCAAAAAAUUUGUUGCCGCAAGUGAUCGGGGACUCGACUGGUCGGUCGCCGAAUCGGGCGAUAAUAUGAGUGUUGGUCAACGACAGCUCAUAUGUCUGGCACGGGCUCUGUUACGUAACACUCGUGUCCUUAUCCUCGAUGAGGCCACGGCUGCUGUUGACGUUGAAACCGAUGCACUUAUUCAGCAAACCAUACGUCAAGAGUUUAGGUCGUCGACUGUCCUAACGAUUGCCCACCGAAUCAAUACAAUUAUGGAUUCCGAUCGGGUGUUAGUCCUCGACAGCGGACGGGUAGCCGAGUUUGCCGAACCCGACAUUUUGCUGGCAAACAAAUUGUCAAUUUUUUAUAUACUGGCCAGUGAUGCCGGUAUUGUUUGA